AUGGGGGAAGGCGUGUCGAAAUCGUCUUCCCCGUUGGCGAACGAUAUCGCCUCUCGCGUGGCGUCUGCGUCGUCCACGGCUGCGGCGUUAGAGGAAUUGGGCUACGCCUCGGCGCAUACGAAAGCUUCCUUGAAACAGAUAUUGGCGUUGUUACCGAGGAUCGAUAACAAAGGAUUAGCGGUAUUAUUGGCGACGAUUGCAAAGACCGGGGAUGGCUCGUUAGGGGACGUGCCGUCGCAGACGUUGGCGGAUUUGGCGUCGGCGAUGGGUUUGCCGCCGCCGACGGAGGCGGCGAAUAGGGCGAAAACCUGGAACAUCGAAGCCGUGGCGGACGCGGUGAGAGAGACGCAUCCGGAGUUGGAUUGGAGAGAGAGCGUUGUGGUGCACUUGAAAGAUGCUAUUUUGAGUUUGCGAGAGAAAGAUCCCGAGAGCGAGAUGUUUUCGAGCGGGUUCGAGGUGGAGUUGAGUCCGGAUUUCGAAUCGAGUUUGCAGCAAAUGAACGUCGCCGCCGGGCAAGGGUCUUUUCCGCCGUAUUAUAGUUUCUUUUCUAGAUUGGUAGAGAUGUAUCGCAGAGGAGCGGGGAGCCCAUUUCCCGCGCAAGCUAUCGUCGGGGAUGGGAUCGUCUGGCCGAACGAGUUGCAAUCGACGCAAAUGAAAUUGUUGAGCGCGGCGGUCUUCGCGGUGGAACCGAGUUUGAUGGAGUGGGAGUUUGGGGUGACGUGUUUCCCUCCGAAUGGAGAGAAGAGCGAAAUUAAGCGUUGGUCUUGCGUUGAUUUGAUGUUAGUGUUGACAAAGUUAGCAGAAAAUACCACGAAUAAUACGAAAGAAGUCUUCUUGAAACCAAUCGCGGCGAAAGUUUUGGAUCGCGGCGCGUCGACAAACGCGGAUUACGUCGUGGCGGCUAUUUCGCGCGCGGAAAACGCGGAAUCUUCGAUCGCUUCGGAUGUCGUCGAGAAGUCGUUGACGAGGAUAUUCUCAAACUUUCAAAACGCGUCGGCGCCGAGGGAGUACGCUUUGACCGCCGCGUUUACGCACUUGCCGGACGCGGUUAUUGAAGCUAUGAGCACGAGUUACGAAAGCAACAACGCUUGCAUACCUCGAAUCGUGGACGCGAUUUCGGAAAUGAAGAAUUUAGCUAAAGUUCUGCAAAGAAUUGGCCAGUUGGCGUCUUCGAACGGAUCUUCUGCGGCAAAACGAAGUGGGAUGUUGAUGGGUGUCGAAAUCGCGGCGUUGGCGUCGCGGCGCGAAUACUUAAAUCUCGAAAAGUUUCUGAGAGAUUCUUUAGCUGGAUCUUCUUCGGGGAAGAAUACGAACAAUAGCGCGGGAACUUCAGGAAAUCCAGAUGAUUUCGCCAGAGCGUGCGCGGCAUUUCUGAGAAGACGCUGCUUGGAAUCUGAAGGACAAAGCGUGAAAGGAUUAAACGUAACUUCUGAAACUGCGAAGCUAUUCUUUGAGUGUCUGGAAAGCGCGACGUCGAUUUCGGCGGAAAACAAAAACGAUAUUAAAACGGUUAAAAAUGCAUACGCUCAGAGAGGAUCUUCCGCGGGCGACGCGAGCGGUAUGAAUGCGGAUGGGACGAACCCGAGCGGCGGCAACGCCGGGAAUACGGCCAACGCGUCGGGGAAUCCUGGGUUGUCCAACGGGUUCCCCGCCGACAUCGAAGCUGAAGCGAACGCACACUUUCAGCAAGUGUACGCCGGUCAACGCAAAAUCAACGAUCUCGUUGACAUGCUUGGCGGGUUUUUGCGAUCGAACACUCCGCGCGAACGCGAAGUGUUUAGUUGCAUGGUGCACAAUUUGUUCGACGAGUAUCGAUUCUUUCCAAAGUACCCGGACAAAGAGUUACGAAUUACCGCUGUGUUGUUCGGUCAGCUCGUCCAGCGUCAACUCGUGAGUAACAUCACGCUCGGUGUUGCUUUACGUUGCGUCUUGGACGCUUUGCGCAAACCGUUUGGAUCGAAGAUGUUCGCGUUCGGUUCGGAAGCGUUGGAACAGUUCAAAACUCGCUUGCCGGAAUGGCCGCAAUAUUGCCAGCACUUAGCGCAGAUUCAACACUUACGUCAAGCGCAUCCGGAUUUGGGUCAGUUCUUUGGAAAUGUUCCCGUUUCGGAGCCUACGCAAGUCGCGCUCGGCAUGCACGAACCUGAGAUGGGCGGCCCGGAGGACGCGCGCGGAUUAGCCGCGGGAGUGGCUGGCAUGAAGUUGAGUUUCAACGACAUAGCUUCGGCUGGAAACUCCGCAGCGGCCGCGGCGGCGGCAUCGUCUGCAGCAGCGGCAGCGACGGCGGCUUCGGAGAGUGCGGCAACGAGUGCGAACGCGACGACGGCGACGGACAUGGCGGCAUCCGUGCUCGGGAUUGACUCGUCUUCUACGAAAGACGGUAAGUUGCACUCAGCCUCGUCGUUACCGUUUUUCGGCAAAGAUGGCGGGGAUAUGUCACGAUCAGGUUCGGCUACGGCGAUUGCGUCCGCGCCUUCUGGUUUUGCGACGUCUCUUAACUUAGAUACGCUUCUGCAAGCUUCAACCUCGACGACGGCUUCGCCGGAUUCGAAAACCGCGGAUCAGAUUCACUUCGCCGUGAACAACUUGUCUGGUGAAAACGUCAAGUUGAAAGGGCAAGAAGUCAAAGGAAAGCUCAAGCCAGAAUUUUACGAGUGGUUCGCGACGUACAUGGUUGUGAAGAGAGCGGCGAUCGAGCCGAACUUUCACGCGUUGUAUCUCGAAAUGCUCGACGAAAUUGGCGAGGAAAAAUUGUUCGAAGCGAUUCUUCGCGCGACUUAUCACAACAUCAAAGUUUUGCUGACGAGCGGGAAAGUAAAAACGAAUUCAGGCGAGCGCUCUUUGUUGAAAAAUCUUGGUUCAUGGCUCGGCGGAUUAACGAUCGCGCGUCUGCAGCCGGUGUUGAUGAUUGAUCUCGACGUGAAAGGAUUGAUUUUAGACGCCUACGAAGCUGGACGCAUGAUUGCAGUCAUCCCAUUUGUCGCGAAGAUACUCGAACCUGCGAAAGAUAACUACGUCUUCAAGCCUCCAAACCCGUGGACGGCGGCGCUUUUAGCGUUGUUGGCGGAAAUUUACCUCGAUCGCGAUUUGAAGUUGAACUUGAAGUUUGAAACGGAGAGAUUGUUUAAGCACUUCAAUUUGAGCGUCAAGGACGUCAAGCCUUCGAAUUUGUUACAGAAUCGACAACGCGUGCGCAUCGACAAUCCUGAUUUCGUCGCCGACAAAGUUCCCGCCGGUUUGAGUGGGCUUGGUCCUGGAGGUAUGUUGCAAACUGCCACGAGCGACGGUCAACUCCCGUCGUUGCAAGGGCAGCAGCGCGGCGGCAUGGGUGGCGGCUGGGGUCAGCAGCUUUCUCAACAAGACAUGCAGCAGCAGCAACAACAACAACAGCAACGCCAGCAGAAUAUGGCCGCGGAACAACCGUCGUUGUCGGACGCGCAAGCUUUGCCGAACAUUCAAGCGCACGCCCGCGUGCAUCCGCAACCGAACGUUCCGGAGAGUGUUCGCGCGAUGCUCGCGCGAUUUUUGCCGAUUGCGUUGACGCACGGCAUACGGGAGAUUGUGUCGCCGGUUGUUGAACGCUCCGCAACUAUUGCAUGCGUGACUUCCAGAGAACUCGUUCGUAAAGAUUUCGCGUGCGAUCCAGACACGUCGCGAUUACGUAAAGCUGCGCACGCGAUGGUUUCUUCUUUGGCUGGAUCGUUAGCCUUGGCGACGUCGAGAGAGCCUUUGAAGGCAUCCGCGGCGAACCAGUUGCGAUUGCUCGUGCAAAGGGCGGGUGCAUCCAACGCGUGCGAGGCGCAAGCGUUGGAAAAUGCCAUCCAAAACGCGGUGCAAGACAACUUGGAGCUCGGAUGUUCGUUGAUUGAAAAAGCAGCCACGGAAAAAGCGAUGCGAGACGUCGACGAGGCGCUAGCGCCGGCGGUCGUGGUCAGAAGACAACACAAAGAAACCCAGCAGCAGCAACCGUCAUCGAUUUCUGCUCCGUUUUACGAUAGUGGUGUUGCUUUAUCUGGGAAGUUUCCGGCGGCGUUACAAUUGGAGACUUUGCGUCCGCCGAGACCUGGCAGCGCGACCUUGAUGAGCGGCGUCGCUUUGAAAGUGUACGACGACUUUUCUAGAAUUCCAAGACUCGCACCGCCGACGCCGAUGGGGGGAAGCGCGACUUCAUCGCAAUCGAAUCUUGCCGGAGCUUCCAGUGGCGGUAGUGGCCCGGGAGGAGCGAGCGGGCAGCAACCGCCGGUACCGCAAUCCGCGUUUCCGGGUUCGCAACCGCCGUUACCUGGCGCUCCGCCGCCGCCGCAACCACCGUUACCGGGUGGUCCGCCUCCGCCGAGCGAGCAAUCAGGAACGACGAGCUUUUUGGGUGGUGGCAAAGCUGGCGAGGAUGGCGAUGGUAGAGUGUCAACUGGCGGGGUCGACGACAGCAACUUGACGACGGCGCAAAAAUCUGCGAAGGAGAUGCGCGAACGAGUCGCCAGUCACUUUGACGAGUGGGCGAGAGUGCAAGAUUUGCCUCCCGGAGACGACCGAUCCGUCAUGUUCUUGCAAAGACUCGAACGAACGACGUUCCUUCGCGAAGAUGCCCAAGAAGGCUUUUUGCGCGUCUUGGUCGAACUCGCGGUGACGCAUUGCCUUGGCAGCGAAAAGAAAAAUCAAGGCGGCGAGGAAAGCUCCAUGAGCUUUGCGGCGGUUGACGCGUAUUGUCGUUUAGUCACGCGUCUCGCGAGACGCCCGGAAGAGUCACCGCAGCAACGUUUAGCGCUCUUUGGACGCGCGUUGGUUGCCAUUGUUCGCACAGCGAUGCGAGAUACGGACGAGCGAGGUCCGCAGUUCAAUCCGAAACCGUACUUUCGCGCGUUGAGCGGCUUGCUCAACGAAAUGAGAGCGCCGGAUGCGGUGUUGGACUCGUCGCAUCCGCAAGUUUUGGCUGCGUUUGCUUCCGCUUUGUUGGCGUUGCAGCCCAUGCGCGUUCCUGGAUUUGCGUUCGCGUGGUUGGAACUCGUGUCGCAUCGAUGCUUCAUGCCGAGAUUACUCUUGGACCACGCGCAAAAAGGUCGUCCGUUGUUGCAACGUUUGAUUUGCGCCGCGUUGAAGUUUCUCGAACCGUACUUGCGCGAGUGUAACUUGACCGAGCCGGUCAAGUUGCUCUACAAAGGCGUCUUGAGAGUCUUUUUGGUGUUGUUGCACGAUUUCCCGGAAUUUCUUUGCGAUAACCACGUGUUCUUCUUGGAUGCCACGCCGACGAACUGCGUCCAACUGCGUAACUUGGUCUUGUCUGCGUUUCCAAGGAACAUGCGUUUGCCGGAUCCGUUCACGCCAAACUUGAAGAUUGACUUGUUGCCGGAAAUCUCGCAAGAACCGACGAACGCGGCUCAAUUCGUAUUGAAGGAUCCAGCGUUUAACCAAUCGAACGUGAAAGUUACCAUCGACAACUAUUUGAGCUCGAAGAACAUCGCCAACGCGUCUCAAGUUGCUAACCAGGUUCGCGACGACAUUUUGCUUCCCGGGCAAAAAGCCAUGCAAACCGGCACGCGAUACGACGUCCCGAUGAUGAACGCUUUAGUGUUAUACGUCGGCGUCAACGCGAUCGUGGCGAACCAAAAUGCGCGCAAUUCCGUGUUGAAUUCCAGUUCGAUGGAAUUGUUGCAAAAAUUGUGCGAUGAAAGUUUAGACGCGGAAGGUCGAUACUACUUCAUGAGCGCCGUCGCGAACCAGUUGCGAUAUCCAAACUCGCACACGCACUACUUCAGUUGCGUAACUUUGUGCUUAUUCCAAGAGACGAAAUCGGAAUUAGUUCGAGAACAAAUCACGCGAGUUUUAUUGGAGCGAUUAGUUGUUAACAGACCGCACCCGUGGGGAUUAUUAGUCACGUUUGUUGAGUUGAUUAAAAAUCCGAGAUACAACUUUUGGGCGCACGGAUUCACGAGGUGCGCGCCUGAAAUCGAACGCUUGUUCGAAUCCGUCGCGAGAAGUUGCGUCAAGUCUCCCGACGAAGGCGGCGAAGCAGGGCAAGGACAACAACAAGAUGGUGUGGCGACGUAA